AUGAUCAUAUGUACUAAAAGGUUUGAAAAACUAUACUCAGAGAUACAUAAUUCUUCCACAAUAUCUGAAAAGGCAGAAUACAGUACAAAGGAAAACAAAGCAGCUAGAAUUAAAGAGCACUAUGAUGUUUUUGAUCCAUGGAAAGCCUGUAUAAAGCUUAAUGGUCAAUGUAAAAAUCAAUGUGGUGAAAAUGAAUUUAAGAUGUCAUACUGUGCAAGACCUGAAACUCUUUGCUGCUUGAAAGAAUGCGACCCUGUCGAGUAA